AUGGCCUCCACAAUCGGAAGAACUACGAUGAACUGCUACGAGAUUCUGGGCAUAAAUCCAAAUGCAGACCUGAAGGGCGUCAACAGUGCCUACAAAAGACUCGCUCUAAAGUACCACCCCGACAAGACAGGUGCAGAUGAUGCUCACCUCGAAUUCCAGAAGAUUCAACAAGCCGUCGAAAUCCUCCGCGAUAGUAGCCGCCGGGGAAAGCACGACGCAGAACUGCGGAGCAGACGUAUUUUUAGAGAAGAGGCCAUCAAUCUCUCUAAACAGGACACUUCAUCUUCUUGGGAAUGGGCGGCUUCGAGUCCUGAUUUGUCUGCCCUGCGUAGUAUGAGCGGGCGGUAUAUGUUUAGUUAUGCGAAUAGCGUCCAUAUGGAUCCUUAUUCUCCGGCAUCGCAGGAGGAGAUCAGACGAUGUGAGAGGGAGCGCGAGUAUGAAGAGCAACUGAGGCGGGAGUGCGAGCAGUGGGAGGCUUAUGAAGGCGACCCGGAUAUUUCGGGUUAUACUUGGACAUAUGAUCCGGAGACUGAGGAAAUGAUGAGGCAGGAUAGAAGGAGGGAGACUAUGCGUGCCUAUGUAAUGCGUGAUGAGGAACAGACGGAGAGAGGCGAGGUGUUGGAUGAAGAAGACAAACAGGGUUACGCUGAGGAGGGUGGUAUGGCUGGUACCAACGCACGUUCUGAGUCUGAGGAAGAAGUUUGUGAUGAAGAAAAUCAACAGUGUGAGGAACGUGAAGAGCACGAAGGCAAGGAAGAAUAUGAAGGAUACGAGGGUGGAGAGGAGUAUGAAGAGCAGGAAGAAGACGAAGGGUAUGAAGAAUACUAUGAGGAAGGGGGAUAUGCAGGAAAACAAGGUUAUGAAAAAUGUGGUGGAUGCGAUGGAUAUGGAGGAAACGACCAACAGGGAGAGAAGGAAGAGGAGGACGAUCCCACCUUCUCAAUUACCUCUACGCAACAAACCCAGGCCGAAUAUGAAAGCGCACGACAGGCCCCCUUCUCUGACGGUGAAGAUCUGCUUGACAUGGCGAGCAUUGGAGAACCAGUUGACCCGGUGGAUGAAACAGAGGUUAUCUCUGGAGAGGAGUCAGAUUCUGAGAAAAAUGAAACUUUCCACAGUUUUAGCGACGAAGGAGAAGUCUGCUCUAAUGGCGACAACGCGACCUCGCAAGCCAUGCCCACCAAUGGAUCUUCACCAAGCUCACGUUCAGUCCUCGAUCCUUUAAUCCCACACUUCAAGGAGAAACUAAAUCAUCCUAGCGGUCGAUACACGGAAGAAGAUGUCCACACCGAGCUCAGAGGUCUUGUGAUGGAGUCCUUCUGUGGCUGGCUAGAGACUCUCCGGCUAGAGUUUCCCGGAGCAGAGCCUGCAGCAACUGUCCGGGUGAACCCAGAGCAUUGUCGUCAUCUGGGUUAUUGGAACAAGGAAUUUGGAUCAUCGGAAUGUGAAAUGUGCCACCGGUGGAUGCCCAUCUACACUCUUUCCUGCCCGGGGUGUGGGAUCAGGGCGUGUGUUGACUGUAAGUUUCACUACGAGGAGUGACUUCUGCCCCCUAUCUUCUUGUUACAAGAUGCUUGAGCUCCC